AUGUUUGGAAAGCGCGAGACUUGGGGCCGGCGCCGGCUUGCGGCGCGCGGGAGGGGCGGCGUGAUGGCGGGUCUCUCCUCAAGGGCUCCGGCGGCCGGCUCUGCCCCGCACCGCGUCCCCGCCGCAGUGCCCAGGAAGGCCUUCACGGUCCCCGAGCCGGUCGGCGUGUGCAGCAGCCGUGGAGCCCGACGCCCCUCCCCGCGGCAGCGUCCGGUUCGUGUGCUCGGUCCACGCGGUCCUUCUCACCGACCCGGGACGGCUGUCGCCCGCUCCGCCCCCGCUGGUCGUGUUCCGGCCCGGCCGUCUUCCGCGGAGCGCCCGGCUGCCCCCGGGAACACCUCCGGACGGACCGCGGGCCGCAGCCCGUCGCGCGGCGCCCCUGCGUCCCGCCCCAGCCCUGCGUCCCGCCCCGGCGGCGCCCUUGCCUCCCCGAGAGAGGAGGGACCGCUGCGCCCGCGGCGGGAGUCCGGGAGGGGCCGGGGGCGGCCGCCCGGGGCUGCGGCGGGGACGCCACCAAACAGGGUAAAGAAACUAGAAUCAAGUAAGUUCCUGCCCUUGUGUUACAAGGAAGGGACCUCGGCUCUGGCUCCGGAGCGCGGGCCGCGCUCCCUCGUCCGGGACCAGCGUCCGUCCCCAGUCGGUUCGGCGCUGACGCGGGUUUGGGUGCGGAGCGCUUCUCGCCGUCGUCCGGGGGCGCCAGUACGCCUGUUCAAACUGCCAACCAAUCAGCUCAGCCCCACCCGGAGCUUGUUAGUGUCUGUCUAUAAAAGCCCUGCACCGGCCCAGCUGCGGCCUCUCCGCGUUAUCCGCAGCGAGCGGGCAGAGGUCCAGGUUCCAACCUGCAAUAAACGACCCUUGCUGCUUGGCUUGGACUCACGUCUCUGGUGGUCUUUUAAGGUGGGAGUAAUACUCAGUUGGUAUUUCAUUUGGAGGCCCCACCGAGACCUCCCCUUCAAGCCCACCAGACAACGGGUCACUGCAACCGAUCGGUUCACCCUGGCGAACAGAGGAAAAGAAUUCCUACUCUCGCCGUCGGAGGAUGAAACUUGCCUAGCUCCUACCCCCAGGCCACCAAAGGCUUUCAUCCACCCCUUUGGACUGGUUGAACCGGAACACACACCCUCAAUUCGCCCUUUCGAAUUCCUCACUUGCUCGUGCGUCUCCCACCCCUUACACCGGUGUCUCUGUCGCUUUCUGCCUAUUCUAGGCACCUUUCUUUUCGUCUCAACUAUUAUCUUGAUCUGGGAACAACCUAGUCUAAUGGGGCAAACUCAGAGUACCCUGCUCUCCCUUCUCCUGGCUAACUUUAAGGAUGUUCGGGCGAGAGGCAAUAACCUGAGCCUGGAUAUCCGGAGAUCAAGACUUAUCACUUUCUGUCGCUCCAAAUGGCCAACCUUCGGAGUAGGAUGGCCCACCCAAGGCACUUUCUGCCUCCCCAUAAUUCUUAAGGUUAAGGCUCAGGUAUAUCUCCCAGGUAAAGAGGGACAUCCAGACCAAGUCCCUUACAUUACAGUCUGGCAGGAUCUUGUGGACCGCCCCCCCUUGGUUGGCCCCCUUUCUGUUCCCAGAAAGCUGCAAGGUUCUCGCAGCCAGGCCGACAGAAGCACGAGGACCUCGUGCCCCAUCUGCACCCCCUCCACCGUCCUCCCUGAUAGUCAAGACUUACUUAGUCUAGAUCCGCCCCCUUAUCAAAUCCCUCCCCUAGCCGCCGCUGCGGCUGAGCGGCUGAGCUUUCUCCCCCUGUGCCUGCCCCGGCUGAAGCCGCCGCGCCGGGCCCUGAAGCAGAAGGUCGAGAAGCAAUUGCUGCAGUCCCUGCCGCUCAUGGAGGGACUGACAGCCCUGCCGGGCACACUAGGGAGCAGAGAUUGCCCCCCCCCCCAUGAUACUGGUAAUCCCCGACUCCAAUAUUGGCCCUUCUCAACUAGUGAUCUCUACAAUUGGAAAGCCCAAAACACGCGCUUUUCAGAUAAUCCAAAAGAUCUCAUAGCCCUUCUAGACAGCAUUAUGUUCACCCAUCAGCCCACCUGGGAUGAUUGUCAGCAGCUCUUGUGUAUCCUAUUCACUGCCGAAGAAAGAGAGAGAAUGCAGGUGGAAGCAAGGAAGCUGGUUCCCGGAGACGAUGGUAGACCAACCGUGAAUCCAGACCUCAUCAAUGCGAGUUUCCCUUUAACUAGGCCCAACUGGGACUACAACACGGCCGAAGGUAGGGGACGGCUACUCAUUUAUCGCCAGACUCUAAUGGCGGGUCUCAGGGCUGCUGCCUGCAAGCCCACCAAUUUGGCCAAGGUAUAUGCAGUUUUGCAAGGUAAGACAGAGAGUCCAGCAGCAUUUCUAGAGAGAUUAAUGGAAGCCUUUAGGCAGUUUACCCCUAUGGAUCCUGAAGCCCCUGAGAAUCAGGCAGCAGUAGUCAUGUCUUUUGUAAAUCAGGCAGCAUCAGACAUUAAAAAGAAACUACAGAAACUAGAGGACCUAGAGGGCAAACAGAUUCAAGAUCUACUCCGCAUUGCACAAUGGGUUUAUAAUGCCCGAGAUACCCCGGAGGAUAAGCAACUCAAAUUAACAAAAGAAAUGUCCAAAGUCCUAACUGCCUUUGUCCAGGAAGAAUCAACCCCUCGAAGGGAACCUCAAAAGGCCCAAGGGUUCCGAUGCAAUCUGGACCCAGAUCAAUGUGCAUAUUGUAGAGAAAAGGGACAUUGGGCACGUAAUUGCCCCCCAAAAAUAAGCGUAGACCGCAACCAUGGGGAAUGAAACCCAGCCCCACUCUGGUUACCCGAGAUUCAGAAUAGAGGACGGGGUUCGGAUCCCCUCCCCAAGCCCAGGGUAACCCUACAAGUGGAGGGGAAUCCUGUACAAUUUCUGGUUGACACCGGAGCUCAACAUUCAGUGUUGACCAGACCCCAUGGGGAAGUUUCAGACAAAUUUUCCUGGGUCCAGGGAGCCACUGGGACUAAAAGGUACCCUUGGACAACUCAAAGGACUGUUAACUUAGGUACAGGAGAAGUAACUCAUUCAUUCCUCAUCAUCCCUGAUAGCCCUUGCCCUCUGUUGGGAAGAGACUUACUCACCAAGAUGGGAGCGCACAUUUAUUUUCAACCCGACGGUCCCACGGUAACUAGCUCUCAGACCUUGCCGUUAUCAAUACUCACAAUGCGUUUGGAGGAUGAACAUCUACUCCACCAAACCACCCCCCCUUCCCAGGAACUCAACAUUGAGUCCUGGCUUCACUGAUUCCCUAAAGCCUGGGCAGAAACAGGAGGCAUGGGGCUGGCUAGACAUCGGCCGGCCCUCUUCAUAGAGCUAAAGCCUGGGGCUGACCCUGUCCAAGUCAAACAGUACCCCAUGCCCAUGGAAGCCAAAUCAGGCAUCACCCCACAUAUUAGACGUCUCCUGGACUCAGGUGUGCUACGCCCCUGUCACUCGCCCUGGAACACACCUUUGUUAGCGGUGCGUAAACCCAAUAGUGGGGACUACCGACCUGUACAAGACCUAAGGGAAGUUAAUAAACGGGUUAUGGACAUACACCCUACUGUCCCUAACCCCUAUACUCUCCUCAGUGCCCUGCGGCCCACCAGAAUAUGGU